AUGGCGCCUCCUAGCUUCGGCCCGCCUGGCUACACCAUUCCUCAACGCUACAUGAAUCGCACACCUCCUCCCGAUGGCGCGGACACCAAUACGCGACCAUAUCUGAUCUUCUUCUCGUACAUGUUGACUUGUUUCAGCGUGUCGGUAUUCAUUAUUCAGAGGAUCGUCAAGAAGAAUACUGUGCUGAAGAAGUCGACUAUAUUAACUCCGCCGCCCAGAAAGCAGGUGUGGCUGUUCAGCGCACUUGCAGCUGGAAGUCUGCUGACAACAUGGGGAUUCAUGAUCCAGUACUUCAACGUGAGCUACAAGACAUGGUUGAUGUGGCGGAGUUACUACGAACUUGAUCCGCACCACAGACACUGGGGACUCUGGUUGAGAGAGACCAGCCUGUUCCAUGAAGCGUGGGAGCUGGUAGUGUUUCGCAACAAAUUUGUUUCUUCUUACGUUGAUAUUGAGCCCACCGACGCCGUCAGUGUCAUCUACCAGACCCCAGCGAUCAAGCUGGAUCAGCCCAUGGCUCCUGAAUCUGGCCUCGAUGAGCACUACUGGUACCACUCUACCGACUUCAUGCCCGUCCUACUGAUACCGCAUGUUGCGCUUCUCGUCACACCCUUCGCACGUGCGCUAGUUCCAGAGAACUGGUUCCCAGAGAACGAUUUGGCCUUUGAAGACAAGGUUUUUGGCUACAUGUGGGCUUUAACCCUUGGCAACGCUGCACUUAUGAUGCUCAAGACGACUUAUGCGGCCGUAUCCUAUGGUGGAUUCGUGGGGAUCCAGAAUGCACUCCUUGAGCACCCAGCAGUCAGCAGCGUUGGCUUCGACGUUAUCUUUUGUUGGAUCACCUGGAUCUGCUGGUACAUUACACGAGGCGAAGAUGUCGGGUCCUUCACCAAAGAGCCGAUCAAACGGCUUUAG